AAAUAGCCAGCCAAAGUGCCAAACCCCAAAAAAAGACCCCUCUCCGUCUCACUCUCUCUCUUACCACCCUGUCGGAUAUUUCUAGGGUUUCUUUCUUCAUCGCUUCGGAUUCGCCCAUUUCGUUUCCGAUUAUCUCUAUCAAUCUGAGGUUUCUAUAUCUUUUAGAUCUUGUGGAUCCUAUCUAUGAUUCUGGUUUCUGAAAGUCACAAGGAGCAUUGGCUCUGGGCCAAGGGAAAGGACCCAUAAUCUGUUCAUCAGAACAAGAAAGAAGAAGAAAAGUAGGGUGUAUUUGUUCAACAAAAAUAGAUUUUUUGUUGAUUUUUGGAACUCCGAUGUAGUAAGGGGGUUUUAGAUAAUAGUGUCAGUUACUCCGACUUAAUGAGGAAGAAGAGGAAAGGUAGCGAAACUGAUGCGAGCUCAAAUUUACCUGCCAAUUUAACAUCAACACAUGAUUCACAACCAUCGAAUUUUACCUCUCAUUUUUCGCUAGAAGAUUUUACGAGGUUGAACAAGAGGUGCAAAGAAGAUGGUGAUAUUGAAUCCAUUGUUUCUUGUAAAAGCAGGCUCGCAGGUAUUGCCACUGCUCCACCAUGUGGGACUUCGUCUUUGGUCCCAUCAGGGAGAGGUCUAAAGAGGAAGAUAGGUUGUUUAGAUGUUGCCACUCAAAUGGGCAGGAAGAAUAAGAUUGAGGAUGAUUAUGUUUUGGGUGCCACAAUCGGGCAAGGCAAGUUUGGGUCUGUUUGUUUGUGUCAAUCUAGGUUUAGUGGAGUAGAAUAUGCAUGCAAGACUUUGCGAAAGGGUGAGGAAACAGUUCAUAGGGAGGUAGAGAUAAUGCAGCACUUGUCUGGUCAUCCUGGGGUUGUGACAUUGCAGGCUGUGUACGAGGAGUCUGACUGUUUUCAUCUUGUGAUGGAGCUGUGCUCCGGGGGAUGUUUGAUCAAUCAGAUGGCCCAAGAGGUCCAGUAUUUGGAGCAGCAUGCAGCCAAUAUUUUCAAGGAAGUGAUGUUGGUUAUCAAAUAUUGUCAUGAUAUGGGAGUUGUGCAUAGAGAUGUAAAACCUGAGAAUAUUCUUCUAACAACUUUAGGAAAGAUAAAGCUUGCUGAUUUUGGCCUGGCCACAAGAAUUUAUAACGGCCAGAGCUUGACUGGAUUAGCGGGAAGUCCAGCUUAUGUUGCCCCAGAAGUUCUAUUUGGAAAGUACUCUGAGAAGGUCGAUAUUUGGAGUGCUGGUGUCCUCCUCCAUGCUCUCUUGGUUGGUGUUCUUCCGUUUCGUGGACAUUCCAAAGAAGUGAUUUUUGAAGCAAUUAAGAAUGACAACCUUGAUUUCCACAGUGGGGUAUGGGAGUCAAUAUCAAAACCUGCACGGGAUCUAAUUGGUAGAAUGUUAACAAGGGAUGUUUCAGUGAGGAUAAAUGCAGAUGAAGUAUUAAGGCAUCCAUGGUUAUUGUUCUACACAUCGACAACACCCAAGACUCUACCCCUUAAAUUGAGAUCAAAGAACCAUAUGGGAGCAUCUAGCCAGCAACGUGUCGUUGCAACUGGAUUAAUGACACCUGGAUUGAAGUCAGAAGGAAAUAGGAUAUGUAGUGGCUCUCUUAGUGAGGGUUCAAGUCCUCUCUCAUCAUUUGAAAGUUGCAGAUCAGAGGAUCAGGAUGAUCUUGGUUUGGUUGAUGCCCUUGCCACCGCAAUCUCACAUGUUAGGAUUUCAGGACCAAAGAGGACUAGACUGUGUAGUUCUACAGGCCCGAUUGAGCAGCAGAUUUCAUCUAACAUUAAGGCUAACAAUCUUUGCAAAGCAUUUUGAUGCUGCCGAGACUGUGACACCACUGAUAUCACCAUCUCCGAUAGUCCGAUGUUUUUAUCAUGGGGAUUUCAAAUUAACAUGACUUGGUGUCAAAGAUGAUAGAAGUUGAGGUAACCAGAUCGAAAUCACAACUUCGGUGUUGAUCCUCAUCCAUAUUAGUUUGAGAUUCAUAGCAAUUCUUCUUUGUUUUCUAAUUUGACUUAAUAAUGUUUCUAAUAUACGAACUGACACACUCAAUGUACAGGGUAUGUAAAUUAGAUUUGUCGUGUUCAAUUAUUUGAUUUGUUCUCGCGGAGUGGGCAAAA